AUGGCGGAGACAUUGUCUGCGAUAAGCGUGCUUAGUCGACUUGGAUCUGCCUUUAAUCGUUGUAACUUUCCGUCGUUCUGUUUAAAACCGCUUCAGGUUAAAUGCUUUGAAUGCUUACUGAAAGGCCAAGAUAUUAUUGCUGUUCUACCGACCGGUUUCGGCAAAUCUCUGCUGUUUCAGCUCCUACCGGACUUCUUGCCUGUCAAAGCAGACAAGAAUAUUGUGAUAGUUGUUUGUCCUUUAAACUCUAUUAUAGAGGACCAACUUAAAGUGCUGCAGAAAAGAGGAAUUACUGCUGAUGUUCUCCAGCUAAACCACGACGAGCGGGAAGCGAUUGACAGUUUGUUCAAUUAUUCAGAGCUAGCGGACGAAAGCCCUGAACGAUCUUUAAGCAAUCCAAGUGCGAGACUAAUGAAUGGAGAUGUCCAGAUUGUGUUCGCACAUCCAGAGGCUCUUUUGAGUAAGGAAGGACGCCAACUGAUGAACAGCAAGGUUUUUCAAAGGAAUGUGGUUGCAUGUGUGGUCGACGAAGCUCAUUGCGUGGAAAUAUGGUAAGGUUUUUAGACAGCGCACAUAACACGUGCAAAGUGUAAAUCGGGCCAGACAGGCAGACAGGCUCGGUUAAGCGGCUGAAUUGCAUAUUUUAUUAGGUGUCUUAUGAACGAAAAAGUCCGAUAAUGGAUACUUAAUCGCGAGAAAUGCCAAAUUUUAUGAAUUGGCCUUACAUUUUCUUCAUGCACUAUGAUAAUAAUUUUGGUAUAAGCCUGAUGGCAACAUAAUAAUAAUUUUAACUCUAUUGUAACUUAGGGGUGAAGAUUUCAGGAAGGACUUUAAAGACCUGUCAGCUCUUAAAGCGUUUUUUCCAACUGUACCAGUCAUGGCCCUUACAGCCACAGCACCACCGCAGAUGUUGAAAAACCUUAAACACAGUUUGUCAUUGAAGACUGACUGUAAGGUUAUUGCAGCCAACCCAAAUCGGAGUAACAUCUAUUUGGAAAAGAAAGUGAGGAUGAGCAACCACCAUGGCUAUGAAGGUUUUGACCAGAUCCUUGUACCAAUUGCAAAUGACCUGGCUUUGCAGAGGGAGAGGUAUCCCAUGACAAUUAUAUACUUGAAACUUAAGUACUGUGGCUAUGCCUAUGGAUUGUUUGAAAGGAUCUUGGCUGAUAAGCAGUUUGUGGGGGAAACAAAAGAUCCAUCUGGAAGGCUAUUUGCCCAAUUUCAUGCUCCCCAAACAAAACGUAUGAAGAAGAGUAUAAUUUCCGAAAUAAAAGAAGAGAACUCGCGAAUACGUGUUUUGUUUGCCACAUCAGCCCUUGGUAUGGGUGUAAAUGCUCCCUAUGUGGAACACAUUAUACACAUCUCCCCACCAAGCAACUUGGAAUCGUACAUGCAGGAGAUUGGACGUGCAGGCAGAACAGGAAAACCUGCCUGUGCUACAUUGUUUUAUAACAAUUCUGACAUUGCUAGCAACAAGGUGCAUGUGCAAGAACAAAUGAAGGAUUAUUGUAGAUCUGAAGAAUCAUGUCUUAGGACUUUAAUUUUGAAGUACCUAGGAUUUUCAAGUGUUACUCAGGAAAGAUGUUGCUGUGUUUGUGAUGGGCAAUGUAAUAUGUCUGUUAGCAGUGCCCCCAAGGUAAUGAAAACUAAAGUCAGAGAAGUGCCAGCUAAUAACAAGCCAGUCCUUGAAGGGCUCAUUUCCAGUGAGAUAACGUACUUUGAGGCUCUGAACGAUUUAACUGGUCUGAUGCUCUUUACCUACAAAAGUGAAAGCAAUCUUGCCCAAAAGAUUAUGGAAGGGAUUGAAUUUAUCAAAACAGAACCAGACUUGCUUGAUACUUUCGGCAUAUGGGACGAGACCUGUUCAUCAAAGAUCUUUUCUUUAAUAACUCAUUAUGCCCCUCUCAUUCAAGUUGAAGCAAGUCAUUCAUAA